CUAUGGAGACGCGGUAAUCUCCUCCUCCGGCCCGCGUCGGGCCCCCGCCGCCGCCGCCGAUUGGUCGCCCUUUGCUCCCUGACCCUCUCGCCGCCUCCGAAGCCGCCGCUUCCUGCUCGGGCGCCGCGCGGCGCUCCCGGCCUGGGGCGGAGCUGGGGCGCCUGGUGCGCGCUGCCUCGGCCGCCGCGGUGCCGCAACCCGCGCCGGAGGAGGAGCCGCCGCCGCCGCCGCCGCCGCCGCCGCCGCGCCCUUCCCCUUCUUCCGCUCCUCCCCCCGGCCCGCACCCACCCGCCGGGGCUCCCGGGCUGCACUCGCGAGCAGCGGCGGCCGCGGCCGGCGGCCGAGUUGGGAGAAUGCGGCGGCGCUCGCGGAUGCUGCUGUGCUUCGCGCUCCUGUGGGUGCUGGGCAUCGCCUACUACAUGUACUCGGGGGGCGGCUCCGCGCUGGCGGCGGGCGGCGGCGGCGGCACCGGCAGGAAGGAGGACUGGAAUGAAAUAGACCCGGUUAAAAAGAAAGAUUUUCAUCACAGCAAUGGGGAUGAGAAAGCACAAAGCAUGGAGACCCUCCCUCCAGGGAAAGUCCGAUGGCGGGACUUCAACCAGGAAGCUUACAUCGGAGGGACGAUGGUCCGCUCUGGGCAGGACCCCUAUGCCCGCAACAAGUUCAACCAAGUGGAAAGUGACAAGCUGCGAAUGGACAGAGCCAUCCCUGAUACCAGGCAUGACCAGUGUCAACGGAAACAGUGGCGAGUGGAUCUGCCAGCUACCAGUGUGGUGAUCACGUUUCACAAUGAAGCCAGGUCGGCCUUGCUGAGGACAGUGGUCAGUGUACUUAAGAAAAGCCCACCCCAUCUCAUCAAAGAAAUCAUCUUGGUGGACGACUAUAGCAAUGACCCUGAGGAUGGCGCUCUCCUGGGGAAGAUUGAGAAAGUACGGGUUCUCAGAAAUGAUCGCAGAGAAGGUCUGAUGCGCUCCCGGGUCCGGGGGGCUGACGCAGCUCAAGCCAAGGUUCUUACUUUUCUGGACAGUCACUGUGAGUGCAACGAGCACUGGCUGGAGCCCCUCCUAGAGAGGGUUGCUGAGGACAGAACGCGCGUCGUGUCACCUAUCAUUGAUGUGAUUAAUAUGGACAACUUUCAGUAUGUGGGGGCAUCUGCUGACCUAAAAGGCGGUUUUGACUGGAACUUGGUUUUCAAGUGGGAUUACAUGACCCCCGAGCAGAGAAGAGCCCGGCAAGGCAAUCCCGUUGCCCCCAUCAAAACUCCCAUGAUUGCUGGAGGGCUGUUCGUGAUGGAUAAGUUCUAUUUUGAAGAACUGGGAAAAUAUGACAUGAUGAUGGAUGUGUGGGGAGGUGAAAACCUGGAGAUCUCAUUCCGAGUGUGGCAGUGUGGUGGCAGCCUGGAAAUCAUUCCUUGUAGUCGUGUGGGGCACGUGUUCCGGAAGCAGCAUCCUUACACCUUCCCUGGCGGCAGUGGCACUGUCUUUGCCCGUAACACCCGCCGAGCAGCAGAGGUCUGGAUGGAUGAAUACAAAAAUUUCUAUUAUGCAGCAGUGCCUUCUGCCAGAAACGUUCCUUAUGGAAAUAUUCAGAGCCGAUUGGAACUUAGGAAGAAACUCAGCUGCAAGCCAUUCAAAUGGUACCUUGAAAAUGUCUAUCCAGAACUACGGGUGCCCGACCACCAGGACAUAGCUUUUGGGGCGUUGCAGCAAGGAACCAACUGCCUGGACACUUUGGGCCAUUUUGCAGAUGGAGUUGUUGGGGUCUAUGAGUGUCACAAUGCUGGGGGGAACCAGGAAUGGGCGUUGACAAAAGAGAAGUCAGUGAAGCACAUGGACUUGUGCUUGACCGUUGUGGACCGGGCCCCUGGCUCCCUCAUAAAGCUGCAGGGCUGCCGAGAAAACGACAGCAGACAGAAAUGGGAGCAGAUCGAAGGCAAUUCCAAGCUACGGCACGUGGGCAGCAACCUGUGCCUGGACAGCCGCACUGCCAAGGUGGGGGGCCUGAGUGUGGAGGUCUGCGGCCCCGCCCUCUCUCAGCAGUGGAAGUUCUCGCUCAACCUGCAGCAGUAGGAGGGCCAGAGCCCAGGCCGUCCCGCUCCUGUGCCCUCCGGCUGAGUUUGAUGAUUACAUUCUUGAUUAUGUUUCUUAAACUUUCCACGAAACUAUAUACCUCAGUAUUCCAUCACGGUUCAACAGUCGGAGGACUUCAGCAGGACACAGGGUACGGGCAGACCCGGCAGAGGCGAGGACAGAGAACUGCUCUCCUCAACUCCCAGGAUGCAGGCGGGUCUCUUUCGGGGGGGGGGGGGGGCCCAUGGUGCCCCUCCUCCCUCCCAGCUUCUGCUGAGCAGCACCUCCCGCGACGGCAUGAACCAGUGGCCGAGAGGGAACCUGAACAUGUCAGUGGAGGCCAGGAAGGGCGUGUGGUUGCCACAUCACAGUGUAGAAGAGAAAGAAAAAAAAAAAAAAAAACGCUUUUGACUCUCCUCUCUUGAUCCCAUCCAGAUUCCAUAUGGUUUCCGUAGGCCCGAGUUGUGUUUCUUUGUUUUCAGGUUUAUGUGGUAUCCCUCUCCCGGCUCCUCUGUCCCCACGGUCUUCCUCGCACAGACCCUUCCUGCACAUGAUGUGCUUGCUCUUUUCAAACAUGGACUUUUCUACGGUGGGACACUAAAUAGAAUAUAUAUAAAGAAUGGGUGGUCAGUUCCCUAUGGUUUCUCUAGGUUGUCCUCAUCUCGUCACUUCCCCACAGAGCAGUUCACGGCCAUAAGGAGGAGGACUGGUGCCCGCCGGGGCCAGUUCCCUGCAGGAGGAAGUCACCUCCUUUGCCCCUGCAGCCUUAUCAGUGAGUAGGUGCUACUGUGGCCAUCGGGGGUCUCUCCCAAACCUCCCCAAGGCUGGCGGUGUCUGAGUCUGCACCCUUAGCCUUCAGCCCUGGCGUCUUUGUUGGGCGUCAGCGUGGGAAUUUACUCCAAUGUCUUGAAAUCCACUCUUUUGUGCCCUUGGUAUCUGUAAACCUGGAUGAGUUACUCCAUUUUGGCAAAUAUUACUUUGGGUAUAUUUAAAAAAUCAUUUUUAAGAAUAAAACUAAUCCCACAGUGCACCAUGAGGGUAGGAAGCUGGUUCACCUGCUGGAACUUCUGUCAGGCGCUCUGGGCCUUACGUCUCAGAGGGGAAGGCAGGAGUGGCCUGGCACUCAGUCCCCUGCAGUGAGCCAGGCCUCAAGGCACAGCUGAGGCUUGUGGGUCAAGAGCAGAUAUCAUCGUGGUCCAGUCCAGACCCACAGUGGGAACAGGCAGAGGUGUCACGUGCUGAAGUUUCUGCUGGGCAGCGCCCCACCAUAAUGACAGAGCACACCUCAAGGUGACUCCUCUGUGACUCUGUGAUCACUCUGUGAUCACUCCUUCCUGCUCCACGUACCCCUCCUGUCACUCCUGCCCACACACAUAACCAGAGGCUCUCAGGGCCUCCACAUGGUGGGAUAUGCAACCUAAGUGCCCAUUCGAAUGCCCUGUAGGGGGCCUGGGAGUUGCAGGGUGAAGAGUAUCCGCAGGAGACUCUCAUAGGUAGACGCUUAUUAAAGUGGCACCACGUUUCCUGCCUGUUUCAUCUGGGAAGACCCGUCAGUGUUCACCAUGUGGCGGUGAUGUGUCCUCUGGCUUCUCCCUUCUUGCCCAUUGCCCAGUAACCUGAAAUAGGGUCUCAGGCUGAUUCUUUUCUGCACACUUAACCUAAAUCUCCGAAAACUGAUCCUGCCAAGUCUUGAGAGAGCCCCCGGGACUUGUUUCAAAAAGUCGGAUUCAGGGGUGGGGGCACAAUCAUUAUACCAGUGUUCUCACCCAAGCUUCCGGGUUUCCUUGUCAGACCCUAUCACCUGUGAGCUACCACAACUGUUCAAAUAGAGUACCCUUUGGUGAAAAAUCAAUUUGGCGUUGAUAUAAAAGAACAAAAGUUCAAAAGAACAAAAUUCAGGUUCUUGAUGAAACCUUCAUUUGCGCACCUCUACCCACCAGAAUCUUUGUACCUCUGGGGCAGGUCCACUAAGUCUCUUGGGGUUGGGGGAGUAGUUGCCUAUGCCUGAGCUGUGAGCGGCAGUGGCCCUGGGCAGUGCAGAUGCGGUGAACAGAGGUGGGCUGGGCGGGCUCCCUUGAGGUGAGCUAUGUUUACAUGUCACAGUGUGCCAAAGUGACUUACUGUGGUUGCAUUAUUUUCUAGUCAUCGGGACUAUCCCACCCUCCCGCCCUCUUUUUACAAGUAAAGAUUCUUUCCUAAGAGCCCUCUGAGCAAAGUGUGGUGAAGUUAGUUAUUUCUCUGUGGUGGUUUUUCUUAUGUCUUCAUAAAAGCUACAGCGAUGGUAUGUUUUGCAAAUUCAAAAUAUAGUUUGGUAAUUUUUUUUCCAGUUGAUUUUUAAAAAGAACUGCUGUACAGAGCUUGUACUUUGUCCAUUUUAUAGAUGGAAACCAUCCUUGAAAAUUGUUUAACUUAAAUAAAGAGAAGAUACUUUAUAGAUAAUA